UUACCUCGUAGCAAGCAAACCCAAGCAGCGAGAAUUUGGUAGGGUUUUAGCUUCAGCUUCAGCUCCAGCUCGGUAAUGGCUACCAUGGAACAAGGCAAAGCAGAAGAAGCUGAGCAACGUGUUGGAAGCGUGCGAGGUCGGCACAUCAAGAAGAGGGCGCUAAAGAACAAAUCCCUCUCUGUCUCUUUCGACGAGAAAGACCUCCAGGAAUAUGUGACCGGGUUUCAUAAGAGGAAGAAGAAGAGGAGAAAAGAAGCGCAGAAGCAAUUGCAGGAAACCGAACGGAGAAAACGUAUCGAGGCCCGUAAAAAGAGAAGGCUAGAAAGAGAGUUUGCUGUCCAUGGUGGAGUCCCACCUGAAUCAGCUGCUGAAUCUGUUGAACAUGAGGAGGAUGAGGAUGAUGAAGAGGAUACCGAGUCAAAUGGCCCAAAUGCACCAGUUUCAGGUACAACUAUGUAUGACAAUGGUGAUGUUCAAGUCACAGUGACAACCAGCGAGAUCUCUCAUGAACAAGAAUUCCCAGCACUAAGGCCGCCACCAGCAGCACCUGAACUGUCCCGUGAAAUCAUAAGUAACAGAGGGAGCAUUCCCGUAAGUAAGAAGAAACCAUUCAAGAAAGCCGUGAAAAGGAAAUCCAAGGCAAAGCCACAGAACAAGCGGGAUAAAAAGAAAGGGAAGGUGAAGAACAAGAAGCACUAGCUAUAAAGUUUACUGUGGCUUCCCUGCUUUAUUUUCUCUCCUUUAAAAAAAAAAUUAAAAAAAUCAGAAAGAGCCACCUUAUCUAGUGUAAACUUCUAUGAUUUUUUGUCCUCUGAUUUUUUCAAAUUGAAUCUCAUUCAAUUAUGAUGUGGUGAGAAGCUAUUGAUAGAAAUAUGGAACAUGUUAACACCUAAACAUGGUGAAAUGGGACCACAUUCUGCCAUGGUUAA